AUGCAACCACAAGAAAAUCAUUCAUCCACUUCUAGAGCAUCAAAUUCCUCGGGUGCUGAUGCUGGUGGUCCUAUCGGAAGAGUUAUCGUAUGUGAGCAAACACAUGAAGUGACAUGCCAAGAUGGUUACAAAAUUUAUGGAAUUGUUUUCAUUCCACUCGAGAGAAAGGAUUCAACUCUUUCACGGGUACACUCGGGCGGUUCGGAAACUGCAAUUUUAAUGGCACCAGCUAUGGGAGUUCCUUGUCGAUUUUACAAGGAUUUUUGUACAUUUAUUUGUGAAUCAACUGGAUGCAUGGUCGCGACAUUGGAUUAUCGAGGAUGUUUUGCAUCUGGUUUGAGAGUGAAUGCUGUUCAAAAUGAUCGUUCUGACAGCGCUAAAGACAAUUCGAAAAUCAUGAAGGAUGAAAAGGAAAUACUUUUUGACAUUCAAAACAAAUAUAUUAGUGUUAGAAAUUGGGGACGUUUCGAUGUACCAGCAAUCAUGAAUUUUCUUGAAAGUACGCCAUUGCAUCAAUUAUUGUUGACCACAAAUUUCCAAUCCAAAUUACCAAAAAUAGUUAAUAUCAUCAACCCUAGUACGGAAACCAAGGAGUUAUUGAAUACCCAACUCACUCAAUUUUUAACAAGUCUCAAACAAUCCCCUCCCAUCUAUCCCAUUCACAAUUUUCUCUAUAUUGCACACAGUAUUGGAGGACAAAUAUUGGCCUAUUUUCCCUCUUUGUAUUUACAGAAAUUCAUUGGAAGUGUUUGGGUUGGAACUCAGAGUGGACUCAUUGCACACUGGCCAUGGAUCCUACCUCGAAUUCUCAUGUUUUUCUAUUGGUAUGUGUAUUUACCGAGUAUGGCAUGGAUGUAUCCACUCAACACUCCUCCAGUAAAUGUGGCAAAAAAGCUCGUGAGAGAUUGGUACUCGGCAGGACGAUGUCGUCGAAAUUAUAUUUUUGAAUAUUUUGGAAUUGAGGAACCACAAAAGAAUGGAGAACAUCCUGCAUGGACAUUAGAGAAAAUUCCAAUGGUGAGUUAUGUGAUUGAGGGAGAUCAUUUUGCACCUUUACAAGCAGCGACGUGGAUUUUGAGAAGUUUGAGUGAUCCUAAAUUUGUGAGCUUUACUGAUCAACAACAUUUGAAUACGGAUCGUUCGAGAAUUCCCAAAAAAAUUGAUGUGACAUUGAAAAAAACUGAUUCCACACAACCACACGAUCAGCCACUCACGCCAAAUGAAAAGAGAAUGUAUCAUGUUCAUGGAGAGGUUGCUAAAAAAGUUGGACAUUUUAACUUUUACAAACAACAGGAAGGAAGAGAUGAAUGUUGGCCUCACAUGUUGACCAUCGUGAAACAAAUGUUGGAAUUGAGCCAUAAAGAGAACAAGCAAGAUUCAGACAUGGUGGAAUUCCCGUCACAUAAACGAUUUUCAAAAUUGUAA